CUUAUCUCGAUUACAUUGGCCUCUAGAACUAGACCAAGCUUGAGAUUGACCUCGUAACAAACAUCACACAGGCUACGAUCAACAUCAGGCUAUCCACAUGUUCGUGUAAUUGGCGCUACGAGACCAAAAAAAGUGCCGAAAUGCGUCGAAAAUGCUGUUACGCCUGUCCCGGAUUGCCCAGGCAAACGCCAGUGGCCACUACCGAGCAUGCCUGACCUCGCCAUCAUGGUGUCCCACAGUCACGCCAUGGACGACAUCUCGACAACCGUUGCGCAACCACCACAGACCAUUUGGCGGUGGGCCAGUUAGUGAAAAUUACUUUGUCGACACAAACGAGGAGGACAAUCAAGCCGACGAGCCGACGGACGAGAUCAUGAGCAAAGUUGGAAAGGGAUCUACCGUCACACGCACUGCGGCAGGGCCCCUGAAAGCUGGUGGCCCCAGCAGAGCAUGGCUGGACCGACGUCUCAAUCGCAUCAAAUCAAGCUUGCCAUGCAUGACUGAGCCUGGACAAGACCCGGAAGGACAGUGGUCCAUGGACGAAGACAACGAAGGUGUGGCCAGGGCUAUUGAGGCGAUCUGCGUUCCUCAGACACUCUUGAAAAACAGCGAGCGUACUUUGCCGCACAGGGAGGCGCACUUGGACUCUCUCUAUGAUGUUUAUUUUGAGACCAAGAGACUGUCAUCUUCUGCAGUUGAGCUUGCUCAUGUAGCUGAGGCUCAACACAAUGAGGAGGAAAAUCAUGUGAAGUCCGUUCGAGACAAGAGCAAACAUUCGAAUGAUUUAGCCAGCAGGCCUGAAGAGGCUGAUAAUGUUGUCUACGAUCCAAGGGGAUCGCCAAUACACGAGACCGAGAUGCAGCAACUCGAUGACGACAACAUCCAAGAGGAGCUGCUUCAUUACGGUCCUUAUCGUGGUCCUAGAAAGGACAUACACUCGGAACACAACCGCCAUAGAAUCGAUACGCUUGUCGAUGACUUAAUGAAGCAUGCUGUGACUGAGAGGUUUCGUGGAAAACUAGAGCCGAUUCGCCGUGCAAUAGAGAGUCUUGAUGGGCCUUGGACUGCACUUGAUAUGCUCAGGCAAGAGGGCUAUCCCAAAUACCAAAGUGCCAGAGUUGACCCCGUUGCAGCUGCCGAGGGAAUCAAGAAAAUCAAUGAUCAUGCCAGAAUGGUUUUCGCAGGAUGGGGGCAGGCGAGGGUCGAUAUGAAAAAUAACAAAGCGCCAGCCUUAACAACGACAAUGCUAUACAAGAUCUGCUUCAACCUCCUGACUCAAGUCUAUGAGCCUGAGGUGCACACUUUCAACACCCUCAUACUAGGGCUCACGAUGGUGGGUGAGCAUCGUCUUGCUCGUAUCGUCGUGCAGAGCUUUUUGGGUGCCAAGAUGAUACCCACAAAGACAACCAUUGUUAUACUUUUGCAUCACUACUAUGCCAGCAAUGACAUCCUAGGAUUUUAUCAUUGGGUUCGUCGCAUGGUAGGCCUUGACUCGAUGGGUGUUGGGAUCCGACGUGUGCUAUUGUCCACCACCGAGGACAACGGGGAGUCAUUUCUUUCAUGGGCCGAGAGAGAAAAUGUGGCCUUGCGUGGGGAAUGGCUGGUCACUCGCAGCUGGUUAGACGCAGGAGAGAUGCAGGCGCUUCUCAAAGGACUUAUCUCCUUUGGCCAAGGCCAACAUGCUGCGCAAAUACUCAGCAUGAGUCUGAAGCGAGGGCACGCUAUCCAGACGACCACCUUCAUUGAUCUUCUUGCACUGAUAGGGACCAGAUUGGACCACGACGCGGCAAGUCUGCUGGUCCGUGGCCUUUGUGCCAACGCAGGGGAUUUGACGUCACUUCUCCUGGAGCAGGAUGACUCGGUGUGUCCACCUCUUCUCACCACGCAGCUCCGACAUGUCUUGGAACUGUAUGCAGUCCGCCUGUCCAUCGAAAUGAGGAGAGACAAGAAUGAAUGGGCCAGGUCUCCAGUUGACUGCGAGGACAAGCACGCACUUCAACAUCGUCGCAAUGUAUAUGCCAGCACAGUACGGCUGUUGAUGACCGAGCGCCCCCGCCAUAAACAUGAAGUAGAUACGUUCUUCCCGGGCCUGUCUGCCAUCGUAAUGGCUCUGCGGAUUCAAGAGAUGUCUCAGUAUUUGAAUCAGUUGGAUGGCGAUUUGAAGGAGAUGGACUUGGUAAUCAAGCGGGCAGAGCAACGGAUCAUCAAGGAUAAUGAAGAAAAACGAGGCGCGUUCUUGGCGCCCAGGAUUCAAAAGUGGUUGCACCACCGCUUUCAACCCGCACAGGAAGACCCUCCCAUGAGCAUUGCUGUCGACAAAUACCAGCGCGUGCUGAAGAUACGGGAGAGGCGGCGGGCCAUGUCACGGCUCCAUAUUCUCACCGAGCAAGUCGACCUACUCACCGAGGAUGUCGCCGAAUGUAUUCGCACGUUUACCCAAAUGACAUUCGUGCCACCCGAGUUGAAAGACGACAUUUAUCUCUCUAUUCGGUCGGUUAGUGUUGACUCGUGCGUCAAGCUGGCCCACAGACAUUACAACUCGGACUGGGUGGUGGCCGCCAGGGAGCAUAAAAAAAUCAAUACUCGUUUUUACGAGGCCGCUCUGCGCCGUGGCAAGUGGCUUCGCAGGGAUGUCAAACGUCUGAAGGUCGAAGCCAACAUUGCCAUACAAGCCAGCCUCCGUCUCUCGUACAAGAUCAAGACGACUAUGGCCAGGUCACUUCCACCAGGCGCCGAGAGACUCGUGUUGAACGCAUAUGGGACAUGGCGCAGGGUACCAAUCGAGAAGCUGGCGCAGUACUGCAUAGGCGCUUUUGAUGAACCACCGCCAAGGGCCGAAGAUACAGAGACGCGCCUUGUGAGGCCCGUGGCUAAAUACUGGAACCGCAGGACAUACCCCUUUCAUUAUCUGCCUAGCGCCUGAAUUAUACUUGGGGGACCAAUGUAUAAGUAAUUUUCUGAGCAUGUGAUUUUUAGUUUGCUUUUUUAAGAGUAGACCUGGAAAGAGAUCCAUUUGUACAUACAGACAAUGUAAAUAUAGGUGUUUUUUUGUUUCACAUCAAAAUCCUAAUGAGAUGACGGUCUUCAGAGCCAAUGGAAAUAUUCCAACUCUGUUUGUUUGUUACCAUAUUGAAUACAAACCGUCAUGCACCA